AUGGGAGCUUCCGAUCCAAAAACAGUGAAAGAUCUAUUCGAAAUCAUUCAACGAGACCGUCAAAUUAUUGAUGAAAAAUUCAGUACCUUAUCUAUUGAAUCUAAAGCAACAACGGAAACCUGCAAGGAGACAGCCGAAUCUGUCAAAACUCUUACUACUCAGCUUGCAGCGUUACUCAGAUCAUCUCCACCACCAUCUGGAUCUGGUGUUCAAGAUCCAAUCAAUCAUGGCGGCGACUCUUUUCACCAGAAUAAUCCAGUCUUUGGUACCUUCCUUCCUAACGCGUCAACCCAACACCUAAAUCGAGCACCAAAGCUUGAUUUUCCUAGACUUGACGGUGACAAUCCGAGGGGUUGGAUUCAAAAAUGUGAUCGUUAUUUUUUUUUGCACAACAUCGAAGAACAACGUAAAGUGGAUAUUGCAGCCAUACAUCUUGACGGAAAGGUAGAUAAGUGGUUCUUAAAUUUCCAAGUGGGUCGUCAUCGCAUUCUCUGGUAUGAUUUUGCUCACAGUAUUUGUUCUAGAUUCGAAAAUCCGGUUGAUGAGAAUUUUGUUGGGUCUUUUAAUAAACUGAUGCAAUUGAAUUAUGUGAAGGAAUAUUUUGACCAAUUUGAAGCACUUAAGGCCUUAAUGCUUGCCCAUAAUCCAUCCUUGGAUGAACGUUAUUUCAUUUUGAGCUUUAUCAGUGGCCUUAAGGAAGAGAUUCGCAACUCAGUUUAUAUGUUUAACCCUCAAUCUUUGAGUCAUGCUUUUUCAUUAGCCAGAAUGGAGGAACAAAAACACCAAUCACUCCCUAAAUUCAACAAACCCUCUUAUACGUCGUUUUCUUCAUCCAGACCUUAUUCUUCACCAAAUUUUCCUCCCAAACCCAUCAUCACUAAUGCCAAUUUCUCUAAAUCGGCACCCACCACCCCAAAAUCUUACUCUCCUACCAACACAAAACCUUCUUCAUCUUCACCAAUCCUGCGAAGGUUAACACCAGAACAAAUGCGUUUGAGGAGAGACAAAGAUACUGAGACAGAUGAGGAAGUAUUUGAGGAAGCUGUCGAAUCUCCAAUGGAAUCUGAUAUGGAUAUUUCACUCCAUGCUCUUACUGGUAAUACGAAUGGUGAUAUUAUACGUAUUCCUGGUUUUCUUGAACGCCAUUAUAUAUCUAUUCUUGUCGAUACGGGUAGCACUACUAGCUUUAUUGAUUGUGCCUUAGCUGCUAAGCUCAAUUGUAAGGUGGAGUAUAUUGCGCACAUGUUGGUGACAGUUGCAAAUGGUGAGAAAACAGUCAGCACAUGCACUUGCCCACAACUUUCUUGGACUACGCAGGGCUCUCGUUUCACAGAAGACUUUCGACUGCUACCACUUGGGGGGUGUGAUAUGGUCUUAGGGGAUGACUGGUUGCGCAAGCUAGGUGAUGUGCUGUUUUAUGUAUCUACUUCCACUCCUACACCUUCAUCCCCUCCACCUUUGUUACCACUUCUUAAUGAAUUUCAAGACAUUUUUGCUGAACCCACCUCAUUGCCUCCUCAUAGAGCUUUGUAUCAUUCUAUUCCCUUGAAACCUGAUUCGCAACCACCUAAUCUCAGACCCUAUAGGUGCCCUUAUAUCCAAAAGGGAGUAGUUGAGCAAAUUGUCAAGGAAAUGCUUUCUGCUGGCAUUAUUCAGCACAGUCAUAGCCCUUUUGUCUCUCCCAUUCUCCUAGUUAAAAAGAAAGAUAACUCUUGGAGAUUUUGUGUUGAUUACAGAAAGCUCAAUAGAAUCACAAUCAAAGACAGGUUCCCCAUACCUAUUGUAGAUGAAUUACUAGAUGAAUUAAAAUGGUUCAUGUUCUUAUCAAAGAUUGAUUUACGUGCUGGCUAUCAUCAGAUCUUGGUGUACCCUGCCGACAUCCACAAAACUGCCUUUUGA